CCCCAAGGAUGUCACCCCCCUGAAUGUCACCAGCCCGCUGUCACCCCCAGGAUGGCGGCCUGGGCGCUGCUGCUGGCGCUGCUGGCCCCGGCAGGGGCAAUGCUGGGCUUUGCAUCCUACUAUGGCCACCACAUGGUGCUGCAGAAGGAGCCUGUAGGGGCCCUGGUGUGGGGCUACGGGGAGUUGGGGACCACGGUGACAGUGGCUCUGUCUGGAGAUGGUGGCCUUGUUGUCAUGAAGAAGACAGCAGAGGUGAAAGGACCUUCUGGGACGUGGACAACCCUACUGGACCCUAUGGAGCCAGGUGGUCCAUACGAGUUGACAGCCAGACAGGGCACAGAGAAUGUGACACUGCAGGACGUCUACUUCGGGGAUGUGUGGCUUUGCAGUGGGCAGAGCAACAUGGCAAUGACAGUUCUGCAGAUCACCAAUGCCAGCCAGGAGCUCGCUGCAGCCUCUCAGUACCCCUAUGUCCGACUCUUUGCCGUGGCUCCCACGCGCUCCGACCACGAACUGGAGGACCUGGAAGGAAUUGACUUGCCCUGGUCCAUCCCAACACCUGAAAUCCUGGGCCAUGGGAAUUUCACCUACUUCUCAGCCAUUUGCUGGCUGCUGGGGCAGCGUCUCUACGAGACCCUGGGCUACCCUGUGGGGCUGGUGGAGGCAGCCUGGGGGGGCACCCCCAUCGAAGCCUGGUCCUCCCCCAGGGCACUGAGGGCCUGUGGGCUGCUGGAGGAGAUGGGAAGCCCCUCGGGCCCUCAUGCCCCUUCGGUGCUCUGGAACGCCAUGAUCCACCCUCUGCUCAACCUGACGCUGCAGGGGGUCGCCUGGUACCAGGGGGAGGAAAACACCCUCCUGAACACCGACCUCUACAACUGCACCUUCCCCGCCCUCAUUGCCGACUGGCGCCGCGCUUUCCACGCCGGAUCUGCCGGGCAGACCCACCCGCUCCUCCCCUUCGGCUUUGUGCAGCUCUCCACCUACCGCCGGCAGAGCCCCCAGGACACCUUCCCCCGGCUCCGCUGGCACCAAACAGCUGACCUGGGGGUUGUCCCCAACACCAGGAUGCCCAACACCUUCAUGGCGGUGGCCAUGGACCUGGGUGACGAACGUUCACCCUACGGCAGCAUCCACCCGCGGGACAAGCAGAACGUGGCCCACCGCCUCCACUUGGGUGCCAGGGCCGUGGCCUAUGGGGAGAAGAACCUGGUUUUCCAGGGUCCUUAUCCCACCCGUGCCCUCCUGGAGGUGACCAGGGCUCUGCUGAACAUCACCUACACCCAGGAGCUGGUUUGGCGCAGCAGGGACAUGCCGGCCUUCGAGGUUUGCUGCUCCCGCCAGGCAUCCCCCUGUGAGUGGGUGCUAGCCCCAGUGGUGACAGUGCAGUCCCACCAGGUGACAUUGUCCGUGGCUGGCUGUGGGAGGCUGGUGUUGGGCUUGCGCUACGCCUGGGCUGAGUGGCCCUGUGACUACCAGGCCUGUGUCCUCUACAACCCCGGGGGGCUGCCUGCACCCCCUUUCCUCCUGCACACCUCUGGAGACAGGGAGUUGCUGCUCCAACCCAGUUUUGGGAUUUGAAUCCCACAGGACUGGAGUGAGGGGACAUCAGGAGUGUGGUGAGGGGACAGUGGAGGGUGCUCAGCCCUUGGGUGAAGCCAGCACCACGCCGUGCUGAUGUGGAUUGAUUACUGGCUGGUUAAUUAAACACCUCCCUGCUCCUCCUGGGCCUGUAGGGAGGGGAGCACCAAUUUACAGUGAAAUUGCUAAAUAUUGGGGGGAAAGCACCAGUUUACAGUGACAUUGGUAAAAAAGGAGGGGAAACUGCCCAUUUACAACAAAAUUGCUAAAAAGAGAUGUCAAGAAAAUCAGCAGGAGACAGGACGGGAGGUGAACCCCUCACUGCUGCUUCUUACCCCUUGCCUGGCCACCUGGGGCACGGACAAGAAUCUGCUCUAUUAAUAAAUACUUUUA